CGCCGCGCGCCGGAAGUGUCGCAGCGCGACGGCGUCUGCGGCGCAGGCCGGCAGACAGGGAGGCGGGCGGGUGGGCGCUGGGCCGCUAUCGCCGGGCCGCCCCCCGCCUUCCCCCGUCCCCUUCCCCCGGGCCCCGCCGCCGCCAUGGGUGCCAGCGGCUCCAAGUCGCGGGGGCUGUGGCCGUUUGCCUCCUCGGCGACGGGCGGCGGCGGAGCCGAGGGUCCCGGCGGGCAGCAGGCCCUGGCCCGGGCGCGGGGCGGGCGCGCCGCCACCCCGUUCGUCUUCACGCGCCGCGGCUCCAUGUAUUACGACGAGGACGGGGAUCUUGCGCACGAGUUCUACGAGGAGACGAUCGUCACCAAGAACGGGAGGAAGCGUGCCAAGCUGAAGAGGAUCCACAAGAACCUGAUACCUCAGGGCAUAGUUAAGCUGGAGCACCCUCGCAUUCAUGUGGAUUUCCCUGUGAUCAUCUGUGAGGUGUGACUGCUGGGUGCUGCUGCCCGUGGGCAAGACGGACCUGACUGUCCCUGCGCGAGGCUGCCCUGUGUUCCCAGCGAAGGAGGACGCUGAGACCCUCGCCCAAAGGCCAGGCAGGACGGAGCAGCUUGGCUGGGCUUUACUUGGCUGCUGCUCCUCGGAGAAGAUGGGUGCCCUCGUGCAACUACAUAAAAACAUCCUCACUUGAGUCAAAAGACGUAAAAUACCUUUUGUAGCCUCUAGCCGACGUUUGGAUGGGUAACUGGAACUGCACACGAGCUGCUGUGUGAGCUGUUAAAGGGAGAGCGAGCCUACAUUUCUCGCCAGACAAAAUCCCUUGCUUCUCAGGUAUGUGGCCCAGGGAGAGCCAGAGCAAGGUGACUCUGCCCAGAAGUUACAUGGCUGGUGUUGCAGCAGCGCGCAGUCUGGCGUGGUCACUACACAGUGCUCCCUAGCAGUGUCCACAGAAGAUAGCCGGAAGCUGGUGUCGAAACGCAUCCAGCUGAGUGCUGUGCUCCUCUUGGGAUGGGGCAGAGGUAGGAUGCCGUUAUCCUGGCCACCUGUCUCUUCUUUGUGCGUGUUCCCUGCUUAACACUGGUUCUGGAGACUGCUGCCUGCACCACAGACCCUGAGAUCUCUGCGGUGCAGAGCUGUCUGAGUUCCCCAGCAGCAUCUGCCCACCCUGUCUGCCCGCUUGUUCUGUGGGAGUGAUCUGGCUCCUGUAGAGCACAGUACCUCCCAAAGGGAACAGCCUCAGCAGGGCCAGGCGUGAAGGAAAUCAUCACUUCCCUCCCCGUUCCUCUUUAAACAAUCAGUCAGUAGGCCUGCCCUGGCUUGGAAAUCUCCCUGGCGAUGUGAACUACGGUUCCUCCCUCGCCCCGUGCCCCAGCUGGUGGCAGGAGGAGAAAUGCGAUGCACUUUAAAGGGAGGCUUUCUGCCCUGUCUGGAAAAGCCCUGCUCUCUUCUCUCCCGCUUGAGCAGAUUGGCGCAGAUCGGCCUCGGCUGUGCUGCAAAAUUCUUCACCUCUGCACACGGGCCCUGGGCUCCGAGCUGGCUGCUGCUGGGCUGGGGAGCAGCACCAUCCAUGCUGCCACCUGCUAGCUCUGGUGGCCCCUGCUCAGCCUCACUGCACAUGAGGAAGGGGCUCGAGGACAACCUGUGUGUCCACCCCAGGGCAUUGGGUGCAGAUUUUGCCUAGCCUGCAGCCUGCUCCCACAGUGGCCAGCUUGCAUCCCCUCCUUUUUUGUCCCAGAACUUAUUUACUUUCUGAGCACUUCAGACGUUCGCUACCUCGAUUUUUGAUUUAAGCUGCCAGCUCUUGGCUGCCGGCCCUAUCGGCGUCCGCAUUGGAUGUAUCCAUCCCUGUGCCCACCGAGAGCCGCCCAGGCGCUGGGCCGCAUUCCUGGCUUCUGGGAGAUAAAGGCGGCGUGGCUGUUGCCGUCUUCCUGUCACCGCCUCUUCCCUCCGUGUCCCCCACCCGCUGUUCCCAUUGACAGGGGCCGGCGCGGAGGGCGAGGCGGAUGGGCUGGGCUCCAGCGGGGAGCUGGUCUGCACUGUGAUGCUGGGCAUUUCUCUCGACAUCCUUUGUUCCCCUGCUUGCUUGGAAGAGUCUGUCUUCAAACAAUCCCCCACUGAAGUGUUUCUUAUUCAUGCCACCUGCUCUGAGACGGGCUCAGACCGCAGCCUCCUGAGAACGGCGUCUCCGGGGCCGCUUUUGUUCUCUCCCGGAGGCUGCCCUGCCCCUUCUACCCUUCCCCCAGGACACCGCACACGCUUCCCCCUGCCCGUGGAUUCUUCCACCCCUUUUCCCGGCGAGGCAGCGAGCACUGAGCUCCUCACCAAGCUGCUUCUCCCAGCCUGGCCCCGUCCUGCUGUGUGGGGCAGGCAGGUCCUGGGCGUCUGGAGGGAGCUGGAGAAAUGUGACAAACGUGUAAAUAGUGUCUGUGUCCACUGUAUCAUUGGAGCAAGUGAAACGAGGAAGUUUCCUUUCCUUUCUUUUUUCUUUUUCUUUUUUUUUUUUUUUACAACUUCUGUGCAACGUUGUGCUUUCCCGUGUGGAUGUGUAGCUGGAUCGUAAUCACAGCACUAGGCGUGCCGAUAGGAAGCGUGGGGUUGGGAAAUGUACGCUAUUUAUGGUCCUUCCUCUGCCUCCCAGUGCAUCUGUCUACUUUUGUUAAAUUUCAAUAAACUUAUUUGUAGAUCCUGCAGGUCUGGGGGCUGGUUCCCCAGGGAAGGUUGGGGCUGGGAGCAGCUGAGCCUUGCUGGGGGGGCAUUUUGGAGUUCUGAGGAAUCUCGGCUUUUUCGGAAGAUGACGGCAGCACCUCCCAGCACCCCCCAGUGAGGCCCUGUGCCUGGGGACAGGGGCAGGUGGUGGCUUGUUAGCGGUGGCACUUGAUGAAUCCGAGCCCUUUGGCUCUCUUUACCUGCUGAUUUCUUCUGAUGGGGGCAGCAGCACUUGCAGAGGGCUGUUCAGGUGAGCAUGAGUGCUGGCAAGGAGGAUUCCUGCUGCUGUGCUGCACGUGAAUGGGUAAUGGCGAUAUCUUUGAUGCCGCAGCUUGGGAGCUGGGCUGUGCCAUUUAUGAUGCGCUGGAGCGGAUUCCUCUUUCUCAGCCAGAGUGCAUCUCCGCCUGGGCUGCGCUGACUCAAGCAGACCUCUUCCCACCCCAGCACUGGAGCUCUGCCGGGACAGGAUCUGUGCAUCCGCUCCUUAAUCACUCGCCUGACAAAUCAGUGCCUCAUCAAUCGCACUAACGCAACGCAUUUCUCAUCACAGCAUGACCCCGUGCCGGGCUGCUGCCUGCUGUCCUGGCCUCACCGGACAGAGUGAGCAUGAUCUCAGUGCCGUCCUGCAUCCUGCUCUGCCCUGCAGCCCUGCAAGUGUUUUCCUGCCACCGCAUUUACAUCAUUUCCUCCACGCGAGCCGGCUGCAAAACGAGCGGCUGACAAAGGCUUUAACGAGAGCGAUGACCACUAUGGCUCUAGGGGACCCU